AUGGCUUCGGAAGCAUACUUGCGCCUACCCCAGCCGAGGAGGCCAGCAGCUGGGCGCUCCGUUUCUCUUAGGCAUCACAAGGAAAUUUCGCCGCCCGAAUCAAAGAUCACUCGAAGCACACAGACAGAGGCUUCCAGUGGCUCUCCGUCAAGCAACAAGCCCAAUGUCAGCAAGGCGAGUUCCGGCGAAAGCAGUAACGCCGACACCUGGUUUGCUGGCGCCAACAACAAACCAGACGUCAAGAACAACACAGUCGUGGAUAACGACCCCCCAUUUUUCCUUCAGCACUCAUCCUCGGAAGAGACUCCGAACUAUGGAGGUCCGGGCGUCAUGCUCAAACAAGGAGUCCCAGUGCAUGCUCUCCUCCAAAAGAAUGAUACAGAGGACAGCGGCAGCUCGGGCGAUUUCCGAGCCGUCAUCGACGACCUGACCGUACAGAAUAAGAAGCUGAAGAGACGUUUGAAGAAGUACGAGAAGCUUCACGACGCUCACCUCAAGGAUGAGAAACUGUUCGAGGUCCGCGUCCAUGGUCUAUCAUCGAAUAAGAGACGUGAGCUCGAGGACAUCUUGCGCAACUUUGCUGUUGGUGCCGCCGCUCAGCCCAGUGCCACUACCGCCUCUCAGACAACCAACCUUUAUGAACGCGUCGUCCCUACGCUCAAGACACACAAGACGGCUUCAUCAUCAUCCAACUUCGCCGACUCCGCCUAUGUGUCUAACUCUGCCUCUGCCUCGGCAACCUCAAACUCCAACAGCGGCCAGAACAGCAGAACUCCUUACCGUCGCUCUAACCAGUCCCGUACCACCAACAUCCAGACUUACCUCCACGACAUCCCCGAGGGCCUGUUGCCUCAGCAUCCUGCAGCCAUGACCGAGUACUCAAAGAAGAAGCUAGUUGUACGCCGUCUUGAACAGAUCUUUGCUGGAACCGGUGCUGGCCUGGGUGAUCACCACCACCCUAUGCAACAACAAGAAGUCUCCCAGAUGGCUGCAAAGGCUGAUAGAAGCGCUCUUGAGGCCACGGGUCAGUCCGCAAAGACUGAAGGCAACAGAGAAGCUCCGAUCAUGAAGGAUGAUGAAGACCGAAGUGCCGAAGAGUCUCCUAUGCAUCAAAGUGGACUCGAAAUCACCCAAGACACACAAGCCGACCAGAAGACGGACUCUGCAGGCGACUCCCCACAACAACGACCCACUAGACCCCUGGAUCUCGACCCCCAUCGUGCUCAGAAUCCUUCCGAAAACUUCCAGUACAUUCGCCACCUUGGCUUCUCACCACCAGAACCCAGUGCCAUGAAAUCUCCUGAGGAAGGUCACGGCUGGAUCUAUCUGAACUUCCUAUUUAACAUGGCCCAACUCCACACCCUUAAUGUCACUCCCGAAUUUGCCAAGAAGGCGUUGAUGGAUUUCAGCACCAAGUUUGAGCUUUCUGAAGACGGCCGCAAAGUCCGUUGGAAGGGCGGAAGAAGCACAACGCGAUCAGCCAGUGAUCUCGACGGAAGUUCGCCUUCGACAUAUGGAAAUUCACCCAACGGCCCAAGUUCUCAGAAGCGAUCAAAAUCGUCGCACCAUCGAGCGGGUGCCAAAUCUGCAAAGCGCAGAAUGCUAGAUAAACAGGAAAACAAGUUUGCGUACACCCCUCUUUUCUUCCAUCGCAGCAGUGAAGAUGAUAGCGAUAUCUCUUCAGAGGAGGAGGACGACACUGAGUCUCAGUUCUUGGCUCCACCCCCAGGUGGCGACUCUUCUGCCAUGACGAGUUCUGGUAUUCGCACCGUCUCUCUGAGACAGAAGAAGAAGGCCGCGACAGACAACGGUCCUAUCAUCUUCUACAAUAACGCGAGAUUCUGCACCGAUCUCAGUGGUGAGCCGAAAACGGAGGCCACCAUGAUGUACAACCCAAUCCUCUAUCACACAACGACUGACCAUGCUCUGGGUAUCCCUAGCGUCCCACAGGCAGACCACGGCGUGCUAGAGUCGCGUGGUCCGCUUGACCAGGCUAAGGAUCUCCCUGAGGCAAUGUGUCUCAACGAUAAUCCCAUCCCUGAAGCUCUUGAGCUCAACUUUCCUGGCACCUCACCCCUCUCCUCAAUCAGCGGCGCGUCCGGACCGGCAAGAAGCCCAAUUGAUCUCGAGGUCUCUGGCAUUGGUGGUAUCUACCCAUCAGACAACUUCUCGAUCAAUGUCAAGACCGAGCGCAAGCGUACUGCAUCUUGUGCUGAAUAUGUUGAAAAGAAGCCAUAUGCUCCCCGUAUCGCAGAGCUGUUCAAGGAUAGCAAGCAGCAGUCCGCUUCUUACAAGGAGGAUGUUGUCAAGACUUUCCACCAAGAGUUACCACCCUCAGAACUUCCUCCUGCAUUCUGCUUCAUGGAUGUUGACGAGUACGAUGAUGAUGAGUCAGAUUCGGGUGACUAUCAGUCCAUAAUUCCUGACAUGGACCGCAUUCACGACGUUCCUGCUACAGCUCCUCAGACUAUCGAUAUGCCUUACAUGAGCAGCGAUGAGAGUGGUGAUGAAGCGGCAGAAGAUGAGGACGAUGACGAUGCCGCAUCGGAUGGUUCUCUCGAUCUUCUCGCUACUGCUCGCAAGCUUGAUCCUCAUUCUAUCCAGGCACGCGAACGUGAGUACGACGCUCACAUGGCUGAGAGAUUAGCAGAGGAGAUUCCUGCCGGUAGCUCUGCUGCCACGGCUGGUGGUGGCAGUGGAUUUGCUAGCCCGGUAGCCGGUAUCAGCAGAAAGGAGUAUGAAGCAGCACGCAAAGAGCAUGCCAGACGCCACGCCUCCACCAUCGCUUCUGUUGCAUCUUUCGCAAGAACAGACACUAAUGGCUCGAUGGUCGUCAACGGCAAGUCGCCAUGA